AUGUUGCCAAUAGAAACUGGGCAAAAGGUUGAUAAAAAAUCUAUUUCCUCAUCUUUUGAUGAUGGUUUGAAUGACCACAGAAGUCAUAUUGAUGAUGGGAGAAGUGGAGGCGUUGAAGAAUCGUCCAGGUUUGUACCUAAUAAAUCUCAAGCAACUCCAUACCGCGGUAAUUCACAUCCAACAAAUGCUGAUGGAAAUGCCCAAAGUGGAAAACCCAUUAACAGGAGAAGGUCUUCAGUCGGUAGAUCAAGAGCUGCUUCGUUUUCAAAGAUGUCGUCAUCAGUUGGGAAAAAGAUAGCCCACAAGAAUAGUGUGUUCAGAGAGGACGAAAAUGUUGUGAGAUCGUCAGAGAAUACCAUGCACCAUCUUACACUGAAUGGGGCCAAUGAAUUUAAGGACGCUAAUACCAGAGAAAGAGCUGAAUCUCGUGUUUCAUAUACCAGUGAGGCUGAUUCUACCGGAUCAAGAAGUUCACAAGAGACAGAAGAAGAUGUUUGUUUCCCGAUGGAGAGAGAACAAGUGAAGCUCAAUGGCAUUGAUUUUGGAGUUAUAAACGAGUUCAUUAGAGAGGAGAGACAGGACAACAACUCUAAACACGAAGAACCAAUUGUAAGGAGCUUUUCCAUUGAUGAUGCUAAUCCAAGAUAUGCUACCUCAAACACCACUGGGGCUCCCUAUCGGUUUCAAAAAAGUUUAGCUGCUCUGAAAUACACCCCAAUGAGGGCUUUGAAGCUGAUGUUUCAACGUCCAAAAGAAGAGAGAAGAACUUCAUCGACUGGGCUCUCACAUUUGGGCCAGGAUGAGCGGAAGAUAGACUUUAAUUCAGAUGACUCUUUUUCAGAAGCAGAGGUGAAAUUUGGCGGUGCUUGCGUAACUGAUGGCACUAGUGGUGGCGCAUUGCCCAACAGAUUUUCAUUUUUCCAUUCUGAGUCUGAAGAGACGGUGCAUGCACCUGAUAUCCCAUCGCUA